AUGUUGAGGUCUACCUACUUUCUGUGGGACAGUGACUAUCCCUUAUAUGUCUAUAUCUACAUCUUCGUUGUUAUCCUGAUUAUCUGGCAAGUGCAACAGAAUUACCGCAGAUUGAAGUGGGAACAGAAGAGGAGCUGCUGCCGGCGUCACCGAAAAGUCAGGCAGAGGGCUAGAGAUGCGGCAUCAAGAGCCAGGAGACUUUGCCGAGAAGAAGCUGAGAAGCCGUGGGAGCUGCUGACUAUCAUGAAAAGCCAAAGCUGGCUCCCCAAGGAGGAGCGUGUGCGGCAGCUCCUGUGUAUAGAUCCCUGCUGCCAAAUCUGUGAUGCUGCAACUCUAGAGAUCCGGCAGUUGCUGGAGAGCGAGCAAAGUCAGAUCUCCCCUGCUUUGUUGGGACUGCCACCGGACUCUUCUUGCCUGGAGAUGUUGACCAUAUCCAGUGAGACUUUUGAGCAGAACGUGGAGCUUCAUCCCAGACCCUCCACAGACUUUCCACUGCCACCUGUGACCCAAACACUAACGGAACACUUAGCACAAUCGACCAGCACAGUUGGUGUCCAACAGCUCUGUGCAGAUCACCUCCUGGCCGGACAAGGAUUUCAUCUGGCAGACAUGUCCGUGGUCUCUGAGGCUGCAGCUUCUUCAAGGCUUGGGGAACCUGUGGUUUUAGUGAAUGCAGAAGAGAUGACGCACAGCGAUCUAAGCUAUAACUACGUCCAGCAGAUCCAAGACCAGCAGUCUUUCAACUCGCAGACCCCUUUUCAAACCCUGAGCCCAGAUGGUAUUCAUGUCACACAUCCGAUGACCCUGUCUCUUGUCAACACUGUCCCCCCGCCAUUCCUCAAUCCUGAAGUGGUAAGGCUUCUUGAGCUACAUGUGAAAAAAUUGAUGCAUUUCCAAAGGUGGGGGCUUCCCAGACGUGUAGAGGAAUCACUAAGGCAACUUAUGCCACACCCCCCAAUGUAUUUCCAGCCAGAAAACAACCAACCAGUUUCUUUGAUCCUGAACAAUAUUCCUCAAUACUAUGUUCACAGAUUUGGGAGUCUUUCUCCCCACACCUGGUGCUCAUAUCCAGACAACCAACCUACUCAGAUCUUUUGGGUGUCUCAGUGGUCUAAUGCGGAGCUGGAACAAAAAGCACACUGCGGACAAAUCACAAGCCCUGUGGAGAAGUCCUUAUUCUCUCCUGACCAUGACAUUCUCCGUGGCAUCUGGCUACUGCCCAAGGGACAGGCGAACGACUCCAGGAACAAACUCCCGAAGACAUUCACCCAGUUAUUCUGUGGCCUCCCCUCUAUACACAGUGAGUCCUUGGUGGCUACCUUCUUAGGCACUCAACGUCUCUCCAAGGACACACCUGAGCCUUCCUGCAAAAACCCUCACCUCUUGAAAGAGGCCUCGCCCUUCCUCCUGCCACCCCACUCGCCACCGACAGCAGCCCCUCCCUCUUCAGCUUCUCCAAAAGAGUCUUUGUAUGAGUGCCAAACUCAGAUCAACGUGCCGUGUCUGACUCUGGCUGAGUGUAAAACCUUGGAAUGGCACCUUCUACAAAGACAGCUUCAGCUACAGUGGGGCCUGCCAGCUGUCAUCCCUGGAUCUCCCUAUGAGCAGAGCCACAUACAGUAUAAGCCAUGUAAUAAAGCAAAGCCCCAUGAGACUUUAAAAGCCUCCUGGGCAAGAAAGUCCUUCUCAGUCCUCACCAGAGACCUCGUCUUUAUCCCAGAGCCUGUACGCAGGCUGCUGGAAUUCCACCUCCAGAAGCAACUGAUUCACCUGCGCUGGGGCCUGCCCCAGAGGAUCCAACGCUCCAUUCACUUGGUCCUCUCCUCCCCUGGCCAGCAGCCCCGGUCCUGCAGCAAUGGGACACUACCCAAUGUGAGCAUCCUGCAGCCAGGCGACCCAAAGGCCGAUGGGUCCGGUGACACGUUUGCAGUUGCAGUGGACAGAGGGUCAGUUCCCACACCUCACUUGUUCGGCCAGGCAAAGGCAAUAUUGAAGACCCACGUUGAUUCCAAAUGUGGACAGAUCCACCAGGGCAAGGUCCCUGCCUGUGUCCAAAGUUCCCGGGAAUGCAGAAUUCCCAGGAGCUUGUCAGUAGGGGCUUCCUUCUCAAACAUUCCAGAAAGCCGGCACCUGGAGCUACAGGCAAAAAGUAACCCUGACCUACAUCACACAGCUGUUUCUCAGGAAGCAGAACCAACAGCCCUGGACCAGGAGAAACAGGCCUCAUCAGGCGCUCUCAUUGAGCACUGUAAGCGACCCCAAACCCUACCAGAGGAAACCGUAAAGAAACUGGAGACAACGUUACGCCAUAAGUAUCUGGCCUUCCUGUCAGGUCUGCCUGUCCAUUACUGCGUGACCCCCUCUAGAUCAACAUCCCCAGCAACUGUUAGCCAUUCUACAGUCACAGAGAUUAUUCCUGGACCUGUCAAAAUCCCACAGGAACCCCUAACUCAGGUGACCUUACUUGAAGACCCAUAUCGGAGUAGGCUUGAACCUUGUACUCAGGAUGAGAACGAUACUUCUGAGGACAUUGCAGGAGAGGUCCAGCCUAAAGUGCAGGCGGCAGGAGGGACAGAGAAGGUGUCUAUAGAGACGCAGACAGAGAUCUUGGAGAAACUGAGUUUCCACCUGAAGAAAAAGGUCCUAGAGAUAAAGUUGGGAUUUCCUGUAAUAGCAAAUGAGCUCAAAGAGUCAAAUGCAGUGGACCCAGAGCCUCUUGGGAUUCUAAAGAUCCCAGAAAGCACAGCACUACCACAACUGCCCAACUCAGGGGACUCUCCUCCGGCCCCAGAUGCAAACAGGGUCCACCUUGGUAAACAGCCAGCCACUGCAGGGCAGGCCAUGUGCCACAAGCAGAAGCAACCUAGUUCCAAGGCAGUGCCCCAUGGUUCUGCCCAGUGGGGCUCCAAGGCCUCACAACUCAGGAAUAUGACUGAAGCCCAACUGCACUGUGUUCAGCUGGAGACCAGUGGGAAAAAACCCAACCUAGAGAAAACCUUUAGCACUAAGCCUCAAAGCCCAGGCAAGAGCAAGUACUCAGCCCAUGUCCCCACACUGACAGAAAAGAGACACGAGUCAGGGAAACCCAAGGCAGUGUGGGACCUUGAAGAAGGGGAUGCAGGUCUUGAGCUUCCCCUGACCAGUGGGAAGACACACCAUGAUGGAGAAGAGGAGCUAGAAAAGAGGCCUCCCCCUGAGACACCCCAAGGCUCCUCAGAGCAGAGGCCUAGAUCUCAUCUUGAGGAUCCCUGUUCACCCAGCCCCCAGGAUCUCUCUGAGUUUGAAUUCCCAGAUCCACCUCCAGAAGUCCUUAUGGUGAUAGACGCUACACAGAACAUGCAAGACAGUCUGACCAAGGUAGAUGCCAUCCCGGAACCUGCAAGGAGUGCCAAAGUCCCCCAGCCUGUGGCUUCCAAGACUUCCCAGGGCUUGCCUUUCCCAUGCCCACCAACUCAGGGAAAACCUUUUAGGGGUCAAGCUUGGCAAGACCACAUUUCACAGAGGCGGGUGACGCCAGCCUCUCCUCACGCUAGCCCCAGCCUUCCAAGGGCUGGCUUGAAAAAUAAGAUGAAAUCCUUCCUUCACUCUAUGAGCCCCAAGAUAAAAGACAAAACCCACAUGGAACCCACGGUCUCUACACCCGGGAAAGUGUCCAAACCCGGUCAAGAAAAUGCUGACAAGGGUCUGUCUCAAACCAAAAACCCCACCAAGAAAACUAAGACAGAGAACUGCAGAGGGCCCAAGGCCCAACCUGCGUCCUCUGAGAGGCCAGUGGUCGCAUCGUUUUUAACUGCUCCCCACAUUCUAGACAGUAAGCUCGGGCCAUGCUCUCGACAGCACAGCUCUGUCUCAGUACCAGGCCAGCCCCGGCACUGUCCUCGGCACUGCCCUAGAUUGGCUCGUACCACUCAAUACAGAAACCCACCCUAG